GCAGGCCUCCGCGGUACCCAGCGCGCGCCCCGCCGCCUCGUUUUCGCCGCCGGCCGGGAGAGGACCGGUCAGAGCUGCUGGGCUCAGCCGCGUGCCGAUGGAAGCGACAGAGGCCCGACAGCGGAGGCUGGAAGGCUGUGGCAGGCCAAAGGAGCUGGGGCGAUCACCCAACCACGGUGCAGGAGGACUCCCAGAGACUUCCGAAGAUGGACAUCAGGGGGUUUCUGAGAGCCAGAGUGUGGACCCCAAAUCAUUGGAGGCCGAGCACGUCAGGGAGAAAGCCCUGGUCAUUGGCUUUCAGGUGCUGGUACCCUUCCUGCUGGCAGGCCUGGGGCUCUCCUGGGCUGGUUUGCUUCUGAACUAUUUCCAGCACUGGCCAGUAUUCCAGGAGGUUAAAGACCUGCUGACGUUGGUGCCGCCCCUGGUGGGUCUGAAGGGAAACCUGGAGAUGACACUGGCGUCUCGACUCUCGACGUCUGCCAACACCGGACAAAUCGAUGACCGCCAGGAGAGGUACAAAGUCAUCAGCAGCAACCUCGCUGUGGUCCAGGUGCAGGCCACUGUUGUGGGGCUCCUGGCUGCACUGGCCUCUCUGCUCCUUGGUGCGGUGUCCCGAGAGGAGUUGAAUUGGGCUAAGGUGGCAUUGAUGUGCACGAGCAGCAUCAUCACUGCCUUCCUUGCCGCCUUGGCCCUAGGAAUUCUAAUGAUCUGCAUAGUGGUUGGUGCCCGGAGGUUCGGGGUCAACCCUGAUAACAUCGCCACGCCCAUUGCAGCCAGCCUGGGAGACCUCAUCACACUCUCCAUCCUGGCGCUGAUAAGCAGCUUCUUCUACAGGCACAAAGACACAUGGUAUCUUACGCCACUGAUCUGUGUCGGCUUUAUGGCUCUCACCCCUCUGUGGAUCUUCAUCGCCAAACAGAACCCACCCAUCAUGAAGAUCCUGAAGUAUGGGUGGUUCCCCAUAAUCCUGGCUAUGGUCAUCAGCAGUUUUGGAGGCCUCAUCUUAAGCAGAACUGUCUCUAAACAUCAGUUUAAAGGCAUGGCUGUCCUGACUCCCGUCAUCUGUGGUGUUGGUGGCAACCUGGUGGCCAUUCAGACCAGCCGCAUCUCUACCUUCCUGCACAUGUGGAGCACACCUGGCGUCCUCCCCGUCCAGAUGAAAAGAUUCUGGCCUAACCCAUGCCUCAUUUUCUGCUCUUCAGAAAUCAACUCUGUGUCAGCUCGAGUCCUGCUCUUUCUGGUGGUCCCGGGACAUCUGGUUUUCUUCUACCUCAUCUGCCUGGUGGAAGGCCAGGCAGUGACAAGCAGCAAAACCUUCGUGUUGCUGUACCUGGUGGCAGGCAUGAUCCAGGUGGUAAUCCUGCUGUACCUGGCAGAAGUGAUGGUUCGGCUGACCUGGCACCAAGCCCUGGAUCCUGACAACCACUGUAUCCCCUAUCUCACGGGUCUGGGGGACCUGCUGGGUACCAGCCUCCUGGCACUGUGCUUCCUCCUGGACUGGUUAUUGAGGGGCAGAGCUGAUCUUGCAGAGCUGGUUUCAGAGCUGGUUUCUGUACCCCCCUGACUGAGACCGCCCCCUGCAAGUCUCCGUGGGACCUUCCCUCACAUCCACAGUGUCCAGCAGGCUGUUCCUCCUGCUGGGGCCUCAAGCUGCUAGCUCUCUGCCUGGGCAGUGGCCUCAUCAGUCUGCCAAGGAGACGCGCAGACACCUUGAUUCUGAAGUUGGUAGCUGAGCCCGAGGUGGAGCCUUGACAUCAGGAGCUCUGCUUGCAAGUGUGAGUGAGUAUGUGUGCCUGCCAUGUGUGUGCACACGUGUGUGUGCAUGUGUGUGUGUAUAGGGCAGGCUGUUCUAACCUGAAGAUGCCGAGGAAGAAACUUGUCGGCAUAACCUGGACUGAGCGGAGCAGGAUGGAACUCCUCUGCAUCCCCGGGUCUCGGGACUCCCUACGCCCUGACUUUGCUGCCAUCACUGAGCUCAGCCACCUGGCCCCACACUACUCAUGCCCUGAGCCCAGUAACUGUGCACCGUCACCCCAGGCAGGCCCUGCGUACCCCUCAUCUAUACCCCAGCAUUUAAUCUAUGGCUGCUUUCUUUUUAUUUCCCCCUUUCUCUGUUUUAUAGCAGGACCCUCUGUUUAGGGUCUGGAGAUGAAAGAGAUUAUAAUAAAGCAUAGCUGA